AACCUCCAGACAGGUGACUUGAGGGCGUCAUGGCUUCCACAUCAGUGCUCCUGCUUCAGCUGCUCCUGGUCUCACUGGCGGCUGCAUCUCAUUACUUUGGGGGAUCCACGACCUACACCUACAAAGGAAAGAACCAAGACGGAACAUUCCGGGUGGACAUUCGCAACAGGGACACCUUUGAUGGGUGUCAAUACUCCCUCAAUUGGAAUUGUUACCAAAGCAACUGUGGAUAUGUCCGCAGAAGUCAGAAAGGUGUGAUUGACAACAGCACCAAUGCACCACGAUACAACCGGCAAUGGUGUGAAACCGAAACCGUCAGCACAAGAUACCUCGCGAGUGACAAACCUGUUCAAAUGAGGGCUGCAAGCUGCUGUUGGAUCCCAAAGCGUAACGGGAACGCUAAUUGGAGACUACAUUCUUCACUGGAUUUGGGAUCAAGAUCUGACACUGGAAAACCAAACAGAUCGCCAGAAAUUGCCAUUCUACCUUUGCUAAGAGUUCCCCAGAACUGCCCAAGGACAUACAAGCUGAUGUCCUUUGAUCCUGACGGCGACAAAGUUCGAUGCAGAUAUGGAAAUAUCCCAAAUCUAGAGUGUCAGUCGUGUAACCAACCUUUAGGCUUUGCCUUGGAUCAGGGCUCUUGCACAUUACACUACCAACGCUCUACAGCCGACCCCAGAGUUUAUGGAUUUGAGUUGAUGGUGGAAGACUUCCCGCAAAGGCCCAUCACUCUGGCCUACGCUGAUGGAUCCCAUUCCACAAAGAGUCCACUUGUUGUGAGGCAUAAAAGACAAUCCAGAAGUAUCUCAAGUUGGGGCACCAUCAUCCCAACAACCACACCUCCACACACAACCACCACACCAUACCCAUGGUGGUGGUCUUAUACUAAAACCACAGCACCUCCAACAACCACCGCACCAUACCCAACAACCACACCAUACCCAACAACAACCACAGCAGCCCCAACAACCACACCAUACCCAACAACCACACCAUACCCAACAACCACACCUUACCCAACAACCACACCAUACCCAACAACAACCAGCUCCUACCGACAUGCCAACACUCCUCCCCUCAGUAAACUACCGUUGCAAUUCUCCUUUCUUGUGGACCCACCUGCACCCUCAUGUCAGGAAGGACACUACUUGCCAAAGUUUGUGUCCCCAACACCUUUAAAUGGAGACCGCAUCCAAGCAGAGGUCAACAAAGAAGUGGAGAUCAUAAUCAACGCACAAGCGUCAUACGCAACGUCUGCUGCAGCCGCUACCACACAACAUCAUAAUCACCACGGCACCCCGUCUUCACAGUAA